AACGAAGGGAAUAAGAAGUGCCAAUUGACAGCCACAAAAGGCAGCCUGCCGAGAUUUCUACACUGGAAGAUUCGCUCCAAGUCAAUUAUUGCCAAGAUUGGAUUUUUGUCCAGCGGUGAGUGAAUGAACCCUUUGAACAAACCAGAAAUGAUCAGUGAUGUUACCUUACCCUGCCGAUUUCGGUGAUAACAAGAUCCGCUAGUGGAGAGCGCCUGAUGAGAGCUAAAAAGGUUUAGGGUAGGUACGGCUUGACGGUAAAUAGGCACACAAGCACUACAGUCAAAGCACCGCAAUGCACUUCCGGCUUAUGUUGGUACGGUGCAGGACGGCUUUGCCGCAUACAAACCAGGGGCUCCCGGUUGUCCAAACACUCGAUUCAAUCGGCUACACCAAUUGAAACCUGACGCAAUUGGUCCAUGACCGGGCAGCUUGGCAGCUAAUAAUACCUCCCUACCUACCUGUAGCUAGGUACCUACUAACUUCGUACUGGAUCUUACCAUAGGUGCAUACCAACCAGCCUACCUACCUUACCUUAGGUACCUACAUAUCAAAUCGUCAUUGAGGAACAAUUUCAGAUGGCCAUGUACGCGUCACUACACUAAGUUCACGGGACCUUUAGCGAUAUGCAUUCAGCCUGUUGACCUCAGUUGUUGCAGGAUAGCAUACUCAACCAAUUCGCAUCACCCGUAACCUCGAGCAUAUUAACAUAAUGAUCUCGGUCGCCGAUAUUAUGCAGCGCCUGCCAUUCGCCGCGUCAACAACGACUCGGCAGGCUGUCACGUACCUUCUCGGAAUAUCUCUCUUCUCCAUCUCCUUCCUAGUGUUCCUCAAUAGCAGCUUGUCCUUCGUCAUCACCGACUUGAUUGGCGUCAAGGAAGGCGUUGGUGACAUCGUCGGAACCCUCGGCUUCGCAGAUGAGAUCGUUGCUUUGAUUGCAUGUCCCGCCUGGGGCUUGGUCUCUGACCGGUUGGGCGUUCGCCAGGUUGCGGUGGUGGGGUACUCGAUAAUCGGAGCUUCUUUGGUACUGUUUGUCCAGGCUCAGAAUGUCUAUCCGCAGCUCCUCCUGGCGAGGAUUCUGUUUGCUAUAGGAGCUACAUCUGCGGCCACUAUGGUGACUGCAAUCCUGCCUCCCUUAACCGACGAUGCCGACUAUUCCGAGAACGAGAGCGACCGGUCAAAGAAGCCUUCGCACAAUUCGCGAGACAGUGUAGCACUUUCCCUAGAGUCACAGGUCACCAUUACACCGGAGCGGUUUGCUGCACAGCAAGAAGGCGGGGUGGACAAUUCCGCAAACGGAGCAACUGCUCACCUGUCGGAUGCAGACAAGGGCGAUGCGGCCAAACCCUCGGCCCUCGCAGGACUUGUCGGUCUCUUUACAGGCUGCGGCGCUCUCGUAGCACUGUCGAUAUUCUUGCCACUCCCGGUGCGAUUUGGGCACGUUGAAGGUACCACGCCCGCCCAGGCAGUGACAUACUCGUUUUAUGUUGUUGCCGCCGUUGCUUUCUGUGUGGCUGGCUUCGUGGCUUGGGGUUUGCGCGGAAUAAAAGGGGAGGAAGGCAAGGGCUGGCAGAUGCUCCUUGGUCGCUCACGUUGUGAUGAUGAAAAUGAAGGGGACCGCGUUUUGUCUCAGGCAGCCUCUUUGCGCCGUCGAAGAUCACAGUGUCGCCGAGCCGGGCAACCUUCUGUACAAGAUAGAUACCUCCCCUACGGCCAGCUUCUCAAAGACUCGGUUCGCCUUGGCUUUGUAGAUCCUCAGAUCGGUCUCGGCUACCUCGGUGGGUUUGUGGCCCGCGCAUCGACAGUUGCCAUUUCACUAUUCAUCCCGCUUUUCAUCAACACAUACUUCAUCCGCAAUGGUUUCUGCCAGGGCUCACCUCACGACCCGUCACCGGAGCUGAAGAAAGAAUGCCGAGCCGCGUAUGUCUUGGCAUCAAUUCUCACCGGUGUUGCGCAGCUGUUCGGACUUGUUUGUGCCCCUAUAUUUGGGUAUCUAGCCAGUCGUGCGACAGCAAAGGUCAAGUUCAAUGUGCCCGUCGUUGUAGCUACAAGUUUUGGCAUAAUUGGGUAUAUCCUGUUUGCGAGGCUCCAAAGUCCCGAGUUCAAGGAUGUAGAUGGUCGUGGCGGGGGCCCAUGGGUGUUCCUGGUCGCGGCAAUGCUGGGAAUCAGCCAGAUUGGCUGCAUCGUUUGCAGUCUUGGUUCACUUGGCCGCGGCGUCUUGACUGUGGAUUUGCCCGCCAGUGCCCAAAUCCCGGAGGAGCAAACUCACGCCUCAGGGGACGAAAGAGCUCCGUUGCUUCCAGCCGACGGGGCUGAGCAGGGGGGAGUAACGAUACGACAGUCGCCAGCAGUGUCCCGCGUUCGCCUCAAGGGAUCUAUCGCUGGCGUAUACAGCUGGUGCGGUGGCGCUGCAAUCUUGCUCCUCACCAAACUAGGAGGCUUUCUCUUUGACAAGUGGUCGACGGGUGCUCCUUUCUACAUGAUGGCUCUCUUCAAUGCUGUAUUACUUGUGGCAGCACUUGGAGUUGACGCUGCCAGAUUUUACAAUUCCUGCAAAUGAGGAUGAUAUGGAAAGGCAGUUUUCGACUUGUAUUUAUUCGGUCUGUGGAUAUCUCACAUCAAAAUCGAAAUACAAUUAAAAACAAAUAGUUAAAUAAACAAACAAAAAGCUACUUUGGCUACCAAUAGUGUUUCUAGCCACGAGACAUUAUGUGUCGUGGGAUAUCCC